CGGGCGGGGCGCAACAUCGAUAACGGACCAAAAAAAAAAAUCUCUCCGUCUGUCACAGUUAACGGACACGUCUGUAGACAAUUAUGUGACUUAUUAUGUCGUUAUCAGUGUGUGGCUUACAGGGAGACGAAAAUGCUGCUCCCGGAUCUCGAAAAAAACUGAGUUUCUGUUUGUCUGCUUCCUCCUCUGAUCUGUGAGAUGUCUCUGGCUCAGAGGGUUUUGUUGACCUGGGUCUUCACCCUGGUUUUCCUCAUCAUGCUAGUACUCAAACUGGAUGGGAAGGUGCAGUGGAACUGGUUCCUCAUCUUCCUCCCAGUCUGGGUUUUUGAUGGCAUCCUCAUCCUCAUGCUUGCCAUUAAGAUGGCAGGCCGUUGCAAGCCUGGGUAUGACCCACGUAACGGCUCCCCAGAUCUGCGUCUGCGUGCCUGGUACUUGACGGCCAUGCUGCUUAAGCUGGGCUUCUGCCUGACACUGUGUGCCAAGCUGGAGAGGCUUGCCGAUGUAAAGCUGACAUUUGUGUGCAUACCCCUGUGGACCAUGUUACUGGGAGCGCUGGUUGAGCUGGGGCUGAAUAUUUUUCCUGAGCGGAGAGAGGCCUGAGGGGGAUCAAAGUGCUUUUUCAAACCUCAACAUGAACCAUUAUACCAAUAGGAGACUUAUGUAAAAAAAAAAAAAAGUUUGGAUGACCAUUAAUGUGUGAAAUUGGAGCCUUUGCUUUGGCUCAAUUGGAUCUUAAGAAUCUUAAGAAGACUGUUGUUAAAAAAAAAAAAAAAAUCAUAUGUGUUUUAGACCUCCCUGAAGUAUGCUGUGAGGAUUU